GAAAAUUGGAAUGAUAGGCUACGGCCUGCCGAGCUAUGACCAGACCUGCCUCAACUCGCACUGAUCCGUUGGUCGGUGGAGCUUCGGCUGCCAUUGCUGGACAAACGGCUCCACCUACCGCCUCGAAGAAUCGCCAUCACUUUGGUCAUCAUACCAUCCACCAUUCGCAGUUUGCGAAAACGGAGCGGGGAGAUGCUGGGAUUGCUUUUCACGUCAAACAAGCAAUAAUUGAAAAAUCACCCACUCGCUUACAAAGUUACGAACCGAGAGAGGUGGCUGUCCGUACCGAUCAGAAAUAUUCCCUCAAAGAUUCGAGUGCAGUUAAAACAGAGAAACUGAAGAGACGAACUGAUGUUUAUCGCUGUGGAUUUUGCUCAGAUGCAAAGGAAUCAUACAAACCUUUAGGAGACCCAAUACUCGACUCAGAUGCGUUGCUGUGCUUAGCGUUAAAGAUUGAUCCAACAUCUCUUCAUCGAUUGACAAAUACUAAGGAUGAUGAAGUAACUUCUGAUGCAAAUGAAGUCCAUACCAGCUCCCGGCGAAUUCGACUGGCUGGGCCGCCGCCGCGUCACAACAAUGGCUUCGAAUUGAUAAAAGACAAGUUGGUGAGAUCUAAAGGACGGAUACACGCUGUCAAGUUCGGUAUCCCGUUUGCUGAAACGGUUGACGACAGCGAUUGGCGACAUAGAAUUGACGCCGCUAAAAUAGGUCGGCGGGACGGGCAAUUACAAGAAGGACAAGUUGAUUGGUAUCAUAGGAAACUGGACACGGACAAACAGGCUUACUUUCAAAGUGUCCUCGAACGGGAACUACCUGGGUUUAUAGGGCAACGGUCCAAAAAAGGCAGUAAGUGUCGUCCGGCGACUUCCGUUCAUCUUCAAGUACCAGAUCGGACUGCUGGCCCAAUUGCGGGCUGGCAAAGGUCGAAGGAAACCCCGGAGGAAACACCCGUAACAGUGUCUGAUAUGCGCAAAGAAGAGCUACCAAAUUUGUCGCUUGCUCCACCCACGAUAUCGCCUUCUGCACCCAAAUCAUCUGCAAUACACCCCAAAGCGAUGGAACAGGUCCUAAGCAUCCGGCGCGAUGAUGGUAUAAAUCUGGCGACUGACCAAUAUUAUACCACACGAGAGCGGUUUUAUGAAGAGAGGCGAAGAUUGACCCAAGUUCUUCUGGAAGAUCUGAACAGAAUGGAUUUUGAGCGCAAAUCAAAUUUCAUACGCAAAUUCAGGUCCUUCAAAGUAGGAAAGAACACCAUGUGUAGCGACGAUAUAGCGGCCAUGAGGAAUCGUGCCGAAGCCCAACGACAGGCUGAAAAGAAUCGUCUGCUACAACAGCAUCCGUGGUAUAAUGAGCUUUUGAAUAAGGUUGUCCUGAACGGCGUGAAGCGUGACAUGUCCGAGUACGAAGAGCUGCUAUUAAAUAGGGUAAAAUGCGUCAUUGAGGACAACCUCCCAUUCACCCAGAACACUUUCGUGCAACUUAUGAAGAUCAUUCCAACCCAUGAGUUCAUGAAAGACGAUAUUCAACGUAUCAUACGCUUUGUAAAGGCACACGCGAACAUCACCGAAAGAGAAUACCUGGAGGCCAUGGACAUGGCAUUAGUUUGAAAUACUCGGGUUCCAAGGGACAGUCGAUUUUAGAAACUCUUCCAAGAAAGCAUCAAAAUCGGUGUACGCAAAAUGUUACAGCAGUUUCAUUCACAGACGAAAGGGAUACUUAUUUCCCUGAUAUUAGUCAUAAGUAGGCUCAAGACAUCCUGUCUACAAAUAGGGUCGCCGGUGUUGCAGGAUAGAGUUUGUUAUACUUUGCAAAAAUAAAAUGAAUGCAUCGAAUGAUAAA